AUGGCCAACAACAAUCCAUGGCUAUACGCAGGCCCCUCGUCCUCAUACCCAAACAUCUCGCGAGCACCAGACAACAAAACACCAAUCUGCCCCGACGACCUCUCUGACCCAUCAUCACUCCCACCCUGCAAAACAUUCACAAAACCCAUCUCACCAGGAGCUCCACCAACACUCACACCAACCCCGAUCGCAGAUGCCCCAUCAUGGUCAUUGAUGGUUUUCCGCUAUAACAACCGCCUCUACGCUAUUGACAGCGCUUGCCCCCAUCAAGGAUACCCAAUGACAAAUGCAACGUUAUCAGAUAUCGAAGAUUUUGGAAUUGUGUUGAGUGUGGGGGUUACGUGUCCGAGGCAUGGGUGGACGUUUGAUUUGCAUACUGGGGAUGCGAGCGUGAGUAGAUAUCGAUUGGGGCUUUAUGAGGUUGAGACGAGGGAGGGAGAGGAUGGGGAAGAAGGGGUUUGGGUGAGGAAGAAGGAGAGGAAGAGAAUUGGGUGA